AUUAUGAAUAGCAAUCACCGCCUCUACUCCACGCAUGGGUUUCUUCAUCUUCCUCAUCAUCGCCUUCCAAGUCUUCUUGGCAGUCUCUUACAUCGUCUACAAGCGCCGCCGUGCAAACAUGCCCAAGAAAUUCCUCUAAACUGAAAACAACACCCCACAAGACUAGACUUGGAAAUUACCCUACACAUGAUACGCAAUAUUCGUUUCACCAUCCUCAAUUUCAUGUCUCAACUCCACAGACAUGAACACGGAAUCCCAAGUCCACGAAAGUCAUGUAGUAACGCGAACUUUGCAUCGACUUUGCACUGCUCCUCAUCUCUAUUUCGGCGUGUAUAUGCUUUGAAGACUUUUGUUUGGAACUCGCGAUGUAGUCUUGUUGUGUUUUGUUGUAGUUUUUUUUGGGUCGUUGUAUAUCUAGAUUUAUUCCUAUCUGUUGUAUUCUGGAAAUUGUGUUUUUUUGGGGCUUGUAAGAUUGCGGACUGCAGAUCACUAUCAUUGACCAGUCUGAAAAGAUUCUGCGACAUAAAAGCUCUACAGAGGAAACAGAGAAGAAAAACACACCAAUGAGAAUGCUAAAAAUCCCACCCUCCAUGCCUUGCCAAAUAAUGCGAGAUAGAGAAAUCUAAAAUAUCGUACAAAAAGGAUAUGUAUCCACUUUGGUUGUGUGCGGCGUAUGCCUCAAACCAACCAUCACUAGGAACUAUAAAAUGAGAAGUAUGGGAUAUUGGAAGUCUGCCGAAACAAC